AUGACGCUUCGUCCUUUGAUUAAAAGGGCCCGGGCGGUCUUUCAUCGGACGAAACUCGACCGCGAGGAGGCGGCUGCGAGUAGUUCGAUCGACGUUGUCACCAGCAAUGUCAACGAGCCAAAGUCUGAUCUGACUUACCCUGUGGCAGAGGAGGCCCUUCCAAACAAUGGCGCGGAAGUGCCGGGUGUCCCCUUUGAAGAGCUUCAACAUGGUGUUAAAGAUGCCGAGGCAAUUGCUCAGACUUGGUCCAAGCCUGCGCUGAUCGGUGUUUUGAUCAAUAUUUGGUUUCUUUACUUCGUCUAUGCAUUCGUUUCCUCGGUGAACGGCAGUUUGAGUACUUAUGUCGCCAGUUCAUUCCAACAACACUCCCUCUCCGGUCUACCCACUGCUAUGGCCGAUGCAUUCUCAGCUGCAGUCUUCCUUCCCGUAGCGAAGAUGAUGGAUACCUGGGGUCGUGCUGAAGGAUUCGCGCUCAUGGCUACUUGUGCUACCGUUGGACUGGUUCUCAUGGCUGCUUGUGAUAGCUUUCCUAUUUACUGUGCUGCCAAUGUCCUCUACUACCUUGGCUUCAGUGGCAUGGAAUUCGCCGUGGACGUUGUCACAGCCGAUGUGACCCAGUUGAAGAAUCGAGCCCUUGCUUAUGCGUUUACUUCCUCGCCCUAUAUCAUCACGGCGUUUGCGGGACCUAAAGUGGCCGAACAGUUCUACGACAACGUCAGCUGGAGAUGGGCCUAUGGUACUUGGGCUAUCAUCUUCCCAAUUAUUGCUGCCCCUCUAUACCUCACUUUGAAGUUCAACCUCCACAAAGCUCACAUCUCAGGCCUUGUGACCGAGAAAGAGAGCAGUGGCCGGAACUUCUUCCAAAGUGUUUGGUACUGGGUUAUCGAGUUCGAUUUGUUCGGCGUGUUCAUUUUCACUGCCGGUCUGAUUCUUUUCGAGCUUCCAUUUGAUAUUGCUACCGAGGCCCCAAAUGGCUGGGGCACUGACUAUAUCAUCGCCAUGAUCGUGGUCGGAUUCUCAAUGCUCUUUUUCUUUGGUUUCUACGAGAAGUGGAUCGCGCCGGUUCCCCUUCUGAACUGGGGUUUCCUUACCAACCGCACUGUUAUCGGCGCAUGUCUGUUGGAUGCCACGUACCAGCUUUCGAACUACUGCUGGAAUAACUACUUCCAAAACUUCUUGCAAGUGGUUAAUGACUUGAGCAUUGCCGAAUCCGGAUACGUCGUCAACACCUUCGACGUGGUCUCUGGUGUACUGUUAUUCGGUGUCGGAGCAGCCAUCCGCAAGACCGGUCGCUUCAAGUGGCUCCUGUAUAUCUCCGUUCCUCUCUACAUAUUCGCCCAAGGUUUGAUGAUCUACUUCCGUCAUCCCGGUCAAAGUGUCGGAUACCAGGUUAUGUGUCAGAUCUUCAUCUCAAUUGGUGGAUCCAUCUUCAUCAUCGUUGAGCAGCUGGCAAUUCUGGCCGCUGUUGACCACCAGCACGUCGCCACUGCCCUUGCUUUGCUCAACGUUGUCGGUACUAUUGGUGACUCAGCUGGUCUUACUAUUUCCACCGCUAUUUGGAACAACACCUUCAAGAAGGCACUUAUUCGCAACCUUCCCGACUUGACUGAUCUGGAGAGUAUCUAUGAAGAUGUUGACAUCCAGUUGAGCUAUGCUCCUGGCACUGCUAUGCGGGAGGCAAUUCAGAAGUCGUACGGCUACUCUCAAGUCAGAAUGCUUUCAGCUGGUCUGGGCGUUAUGGUUCUUGCUUUUGCGUGGACCAUCAUGAUCAAGAACAUUGACUUGAAGAAGGUUGCCCAGGUAAAGGGUGUUGUGUUCUAG